UAGGAGAAAAAGUGUCAAAGUAAGUGCAAGUGUUUAAAUAUUGUUUGCUACAUAAUUGAUUUUUCCUUAAAAUACUGCGUUCAAUUAUAAAGUUAAAUACAUUUUGUGUUAUCAAAUUCUUAUUGAGUAGUAAUUUACCAUAAUUAUUUAUUAUUACUGUAAUUGAAAGCGCAAACGUGUGUAUAAUGUGCAAUAUAUGUACGUCAUCUGUGACGCUGGCAGGCGUCAAUGAAGUAGCAGCGCCGGACUAUCUUGUCCAAAUAAAAAUAUACAUAUCAUCUUUUUUUUUUGCCUAUUUGAUAAAUGCUUAAGAUAUGUAUGUGUGAGAAAGUGUUAUAAGAAUUUAAUAGUUUGAUUGUAUACGUUGUUUAUUAUUUAAGAAUAAAAAUCUAACCAUUCGUAAAUAAAUCCAAAAAUAGCGUAGCCAAGGAACAGUGGAGAAUAUUGAAAUUCUUAACGAAAGCGCACAACAUUCAAUUGACUGCUUUACAAUUUAAUUAAUAUUAAUUAAAUAAAUUACCAGUAUAGCAAUGCAAUAUUAAAUAUUGCGAGAGAAAAUGAAAACAACAAGAGCAAUCGUAAAAUUCUUCAGAGCACAAUUGAAGUGUAUGCUUGUUAAAUGUUGGUGUACAAUAUAAUUGCAAUAUUUUUAUAACAAAACAAAUAUUGUAUUAUGAAACUGCUUACACAAAAGACAUCGCGCUGUGGAUAUACCAUAUUCUCAUUUUUUAUUGCAAGUGCAAGAGUCUUGCCUAGGGGUGAAUGUAUUCAUUUGCUAAGCAAUGAUUACAAUAAGGCGCCAGUUUGGUUAUAAACUUUAACACAUUGAAAUGGAAAAAUUAGGGAAGCCUUAUUCUUUAUUUCGUUUUUUAUUUUCAAUAGCAAAAAUGACCUCACAAUGCAAAGGAAUAAAAAUUAAAUUAUCUCAUGGAUUGUAGUAAAUUGUCAACAACAUGUUUCCCUGAUAAUCAAAUUUAUAUCAAGCUGAGCAUUUAGCUUUAUUAUUUGAUACGAAAUGACAUUCAAAAGCAAUAUAGUUUCUAUUUCAUAUCGUUCUUUCCUGCACCUGUAAACUUAUGAAAAGUGAUGUUACGUUAUAUUUCAUUUUAGCAGAUAUGAAUUCUUAAGCUUACGCUUUUCGCGUACAUACACAUAUAAAUAUAUAAAAAAAAUGGUAGUUAUGAUUAAUCCAACACCACGUGCUAAAAUAAUUGACCUAUGACAACGAAAAUUCAAUACAGCCUCAAUAGUUUCUAAUUAUUGUCAUAUAAAGUCAACAUUUCGUUGAAAAAUAGUGUUUGUAAUUAAAAUUAUUAUAAUUGGAUAUACUCGAAACUAACCAAGUUCUAUAAUCUAACAAUGAAAUGACUAAUAACUCUUGAAUUUGUUAUCGGAAUAUGUAUAUUAACUAUCGCCACAGGCAGUAAAAAAUUAACUUUUAGAAGUUGCAAGCGAUAACUUAAUGAAUACCCAAGUUGAAGUAGGAAACAAAAAUUACUGAUAGGACUAAGCAAAAUCCCUCAUCAUAUUAGAAGGGCCCACAGUUGUAUUGCAUAUAUAAUUUAAAAAAAAUAACAGAUUUUAUCUUGACGUUUUUGCUGCAAUUAAACGCUUUAGAAACUUGUUUUAGCCAGUUUACUUUUCAAUUAAUUGCAUUUGUUGUUGUUUCGUGUUAAGUCAGCCGGUGCUUAACUUGUUUUGCACAUAUUGGUAAGACUAAAUGAGUUUAUUUUCCAACUUAGAAUGUUUUCAACGAAUAUAUAAUAUACAAAAAUAUGUGUUCAGGCAAUGCCCCUGACUUGAAUUUAUUAGUUAUUUGUACUUAUUUAAUUACGUGCUAUUACAAUUUCGAUAUUGAAUUGCCACAAUUAGCGAUAAGAGCAAAUCAUAUCAGAGCAACAUUAGGCAUGUGUCACGGUAAACGAUUACAGUCGAAAAGUCUGGUAUCACUUUUUGAUAAUGCAAGAUGUACAUACAUACAUAUAUAAGGGUAUAAUGAAUUAGUAUAAAAUUAUUACAUUAACACAAUUACACAUCCUUUAUAUAAGAUUAAGACUACAUUUAACUUCUUGUAUUGCGUUCACAGGAAGACUCUUUUGUCGCUCAUAAUGCCAAACUCGCUCAUUACGUUCAAAUUCUUGUGCGCUUCAUAUACGCGGUGAACAAAAAUAUUUUUAAUUUACUAAUUUUUUCAUACAUAUAUUAUGCACUUUUGCAUACAUAUUUGCACAUUACAUACAAAAAAUAUAUAAUAACAUUAAAUUUUCCGAACAUAUAUCGUAAAUAUUCUUUCGAAAGCAAUUACAACUAUGAAAAGAAUUUCAAAAUGAAAAGUAAUACUGAAUUGCGUAGUAGCGAACUGUUUCGAGGAAUGCUGCCGAGUUGUUAAUCAUUGGCCAGAUAAAAAUCCGGCUGCAUUCCGGUUACUUAGACCCGACUGUCGUGGGACUUCGUCUUUCCUCGUCGUCUCCUCGCAUACAAAAAACCAGUUUGGGCGACAAAAGAGGCUUCAUGUGAACGCAGUCUUAGCAGAUACAUACAACAUACAAGAUUGCGCGCAAACCAACUCACAUACAUACAUACGAAUAUAUUUAGGUCUACAAUAUUAAUAAAUAUUAUAAAAAUAUCAGUGUUUAACUUGAAGCGACGUGACCGCCUCCUUCGUAUGGUGUCAUAACAUUGUCAGCUCAUGCAUAAAUUAUCAGAAUAAAGAAGUUAUCUGCUGAUGCUAUUACUACAGAUAUGUUAUCUUGUCAACUCUCUCCUUAUCUAAAGUUAUAGCUUGUACAUACAUAUUUGUUCGUCGCAAUUAGACUCUUAACUCGAAGCAGUGCUUCAUCAUAGUACAGAAAAUCUUAGCAAAUUUGUUUGUGAACUGUGAUAUAACACGUGGAAAGAGUAUUACGCCUCUACAAAACACACACACACAACCACAUCUAUCUAACCACUAAACUGAUAAAAACAAACGCCAAAAUAUGUCGCAGAAUCAGUCAUAUUUUUGGCAAACCACCAAACAUAAUGUUUAUCUCAAACGUUCGGCCAGAUUACAAAUGCUAAUAGCGCUUUUGGCCGUGCUAACGUUCUCCACCAUAUGUCAGGCAGAGGUGGCACGUAAAGAGAUUGACGAAAAUGUUGCCACAUUAAGUGCACCAAGCGCUUUCCCCGAUGACAGACAGUACGUAAAAGAUGCCAUGAAUGGAAAUGCAGCAAAUGAUUUGAAUGAAGAAAACGCCACCAAAGAGUCAAAAUCUAACUCCGGCUUUAUCGAUGCGUUCUCCGCAUCGAUAUCAGUGAUAUUAUUUACUGAAUUAGGUGAUAAGACUUUCUUCAUAGCUGCCAUCAUGGCGAUGCGCCAUCCGCGCUUAAUCGUCUUUGCUGGCGCCAUAUCAGCGCUGGCGCUGAUGACCGUACUUUCGGUGGUGUUUGGCAUGGCAGCUACCAUUAUUCCUAAGAUUUAUACAUAUUAUAUUUCAACGGCGUUGUUUGCCAUAUUCGGUUUGAAAAUGAUCUACGAAGGUUACUUCAUGAAGGACAGCGAUGCACAGGAGGAACUGGAAGAAGUGCAAUCGACUUUGCGUAAACGUGAGGACGAGUUAAUGCGUAAGCGCAGCAAAUACGAUGAUGCUGAUGCCAAGCGUAAGAAUAGCAACUCGGAUAAGGAGGACGAGUGUUUGGAGCGUGGCGCUGGCGUCACUACAAACAACUCGCAUGACAGCGACAGCAACAUCACUACCACCGUCAUUGUUGCACAUAGCAAAAAUCCCGAUAUGUCGCAUAGACAACGCAAGCAUAACAACAAUAACAAUAAUAAUAAUAAUCAAAAAAAUACAAAUAAAAUUGGCUGUGAUGUAAGCAAGGAUGCCGCUGAUUCGGACAACAGCAGCUGCCAUGAAAACGAUAUCUUCCUAAAUGGUGUGAAUGGUGUUAGUGGUGUUGGUGUCGGUGUCGGUGUUGCCGCUGUUGACAACAUUCACAAAUCGACCAACUUUCACAGCAGUCCCGCACUGUCAGCAUCCGUGCUAUCGAAUCAAACUGAACAAACGAAUUGUGAUGAAUUUACCAAUAGUCCGAAUAAGCUUAAUUUUAAGUCGAAUAAUGAUAGCGGCGACGAUGAUGGCAUUGAUGAGCAUAAUAUAGAAAUUGUUGAUGGUGGUGAUGAUGAUAAUGCAACUGUGGAUAGUGGUCAUGGUGGUACACCGAUACAUGGUAAACGCGCUAAACAAACGAAAACAGGGGCCAGUAAUAGUAUAACUAGUUUAAAUAGCCUGAAUCUCAACGCAAAGGUCGCUGUAGGCGCUGGACAACUGAAUGGCGAGCUGAAACAACUCGGUGGCAGCAAGAAGCGGUUGGAACGUUCGGCCAGCUUAGUGCAGGAUCCGGAAAGUGGUAUUGUGCGCAAAAAUGCAAAGAAGAGUGCCACACAUAUUACAAUGCGCAUACUGAUGCAGGCCUUCACGAUGACUUUCCUAGCCGAAUGGGGUGAUCGUUCGCAACUCACCACUAUUAUUUUGGCCGCCAGCAAGAAUGUCUACGGCGUUAUUACCGGUGGUAUUAUUGGUCAUUCCAUCUGCACAGGCUUGGCUGUGAUCGGUGGACGCAUGGUGGCCGCUAAAAUAUCUGUACGCACUGUUACCAUAAUUGGUGGCAUUGUAUUUGUUGGAUUUGCUGUGUACGCUUUGAUUGUGAAACCAGACGAUAUUUAAAGUGCAACUUAAAAGUAUAGAAAAAAGGGAAAACCAGACAAUGGACGGACGAUGUUUAAUGGAAAAAUAGCAACAUAACCAAUAAUUUACAGUUACUUCAUAUUUAAAAACUAAAAACCAGAAUACACAAAAAAAAUUUAUAUUUUUUACAAAGUGCUCAAAAAAAAUUUACAAAUUUUUGCUCUUUUUUAUACUUAAAUAUAUUUUCUUCUUACACAAAUUUCAUAUUUUCACAACUAAAGUGCCUUCAAAGCUAUUUUGCCAUUUUGUAUAUUAUUUGUAUAUUAAAAUAUGCAUUCACAAAUGAAAAAAAAAAAAAAUACAAAAGCAAUAAGCAAUCGUGACAUUUUCAGUUGUUUUCAAUAAAAAUUUCAAGUUUUUGUGCAUUAGUUAAUUUUUUGGCUUCAGUCUAACCACACUUUUUAAAGAAAUUCUUGUAAAUUAGUUUAUGUUGCACUAAAUAUGACUAAAUUUUUGCCAAAUUACUUAAAGAACACAGCUUUUUAUUUUAUGUAUAUACAUGCAAAGCCAAGCAGAGACGAAUAUUAAUGUGGGGUGGCAAGAAAAAAACUUUAAAUGCAAAUAUAGAGCAUAAUGAAGAUUUUUAUUAUAGCUCAUCUGUUUUUUUGUAACGACUGUUGAAAAAACACAGUCGCUGCAAGCUUAUUUAAAAUGUUUUCAAGCACCUAACCUCAAAAUUAUUUACGAAAAGCCUUUAGGCUGUUUUUGUAAAAUUUAGUUUAAACAAAGAAAAUAUUUGUAUUAUUUCGAGUGUAUCUACAGUAUUUUUCUUGUUGUCCCACAUUAUACUAUACAUUAUACAUUAGGUUCAUUGCGCUUAAUAAAAAUUUGUAAAAUAAUUUAAAUAAAAUAUUAAAUAAUUUGUAAAUCCGCGCGAGAGGGGACCAAUCGACAAUGCAUGUACAGAUUAUUGUGCGCAACUGAAGACCAAGUGCGAAAACAAAAAAAUCCAACCAAAACGCUAACUUGUUAUUUAUGUAUUAUAUAAAAAAAAAAUCUAAUAAAUAGAGAAAUAUAUAUUAGAAAAAAGAACGAGAAAUAGCUGAAUAAAGUGCAAUCGAAAUUUAUAAGCAAACAAAAAAAAUAAUAA